CUGCUCAAAGUUCAAGUGUAAACUUGUCAGCACUGACUACUCACUCUCACUCACUCACUCACUCACUGUCCUGGGUCGAGGGAGCACUACAAUCAGUCAGUAUGAAAGACCCUGUGAGUGGAUGCACAUAUGGAAGAGUGUACGAACAUAUCAAGAAGUUUUCCAAAAAUGGCGACAAUUACUGCAAAGAACUCAUAUCCGUCCUUCAGCAAAGGGCUGACCUAGAAAAGAGGUACUCCAAGGGCCUCAUCAGACUGGCCAGCAAGAUCACCAAGGCAUCCGCCAACAUGAUGAAAAACUCCAUUUUUGAUGUGUGGAAUUGUGUGUCUGAAGAGAUGGCAGCCACGGCAGAUUUGCAUAGGAAAUUAGGCAGUGCUAUUGAGCAAGAAGCCAUUAAACCAAUCCGUCAAGUGCUGGAUGAACAUAGUAAAAGGAGAAAACCGUUGGACAUUGCAGUCGACAAGGCAUCGAAGCUUGUGAUAGACAAUUGGAGUCAGCAGAUUAAGUGUAAAAAGAAGCUGAUGACGUCGACCAAGAAUCAUGAAGUCCUCUUUCACUUUGUAGACGGCAACACACAAGUGGCAACUGAAAAGGAGAAACGCAAGCUGCUCAGUAAACUGAAGAAGUCUACUGAGGCUCUGACUAAAAUGGACAAUCAUUACUACAAGCUGAACAGGACUGGUGAGGACACCCGGCUGAAGUGGGAGUUGACUUUAGAGCAGUCUUAUCAGAAAAUAUGUGAACUGGAAAAAGAGAAAAUAAACCUCCUGUGCGACAUCUUAAAUAAGUACAACCAUCACAUCUCCUGCUUUGGAAGAACACUCAUAGAAUGUCAGAGACAAAUCCACGAAGCUGUACAAAAUGUCAACAUUGAGAAAGACAUCUUGAUAUUGGUAGAAGAAAGAUCCAUUUUAUCAGAUGAAAACAAAACAGAAUUUCUGCUUACAGAUUAUUAUGAAGAGGAGACGAGAAACUCAAUGGAUAAAGAACGGAGAAGAACUGGACUAGCAUUGAAAAUACAGAGGCUUCAGGAAGAUAUUACCAGGUCACUAAAGGACAAAGAAGGGCUAGAGAAGAUGGUUAGAACGUACUCGGAAAAUCCUUCAUUUUCAGCGAAGUUAGAAGAAACCGUGAUGCAGCUGAAUGAGAUAACACUGAAGCUGACGCUCCUGGAGUUUAAUUUCUACAAGCUUUCGCUCUGUGUGGCUGAGCUAGAGGGAGCUGGGCAACCUUCCCACCCACUCAAUGGCAGCAUCACCAAGUGCAAAGACAAGGAAUAUUACCACAGUGUGGUACAGAUCUCGCGUCCUGUGAAAAUGAAGAAUGUGCAGCAUCGCAGAAGCCUGACAAACUCCAUCGCCUCAGACACCAGAAGAGAUCAUCAAGGGCAAAGUCCCCAACCUGCAAACCAGCCCAUUCGCAUCAUUCAGCCAACUAACUCCAACCAUUCCUCACUGGGGCAGGAACAGAUGAGGGCAGAUACAGCUUCAAAUAACUCUGAUCAAUUAGAUGAACGAGAUUGUAGUACGCUUGACGGAGUUUGUCCUAUUCAAGAGAUUGGAACAUGUAAAGUUUUAUAUACUUAUCAAGCAGGCAGAGAAGAUGAGCUUAAUAUAAAGAAAGGUGAUAUUCUCAGGAUUCACAGGAAAGAUAUCACUGGGUGGUGGUUUGGAAGCUUCAAAGGAAAGAAGGGAAUGUUCCCAGCCACCUAUGUAGAAGAACUGUCACAAGACACAAAAUAUGGAUCAUCCGAGGCAUGAAACAACCUGAUCGUGUUGUUUUUUUUUAAAUUAAGAAAGCAAGGUAUUUACUGAAACUCUAAAACAUGGAAAAUGUUGGUGAAACCCACUGACCGAUUGUGAACCUCAAUCUUAUAAAGCAAGAAGCAUUCCUUCAGAAAUGAACGUUUCACAAUCUGGCCCUAACAUCUCUGUUAUUCCUAAAUUUAACGCAGAAGGAAGGCUUUGCACAAAAGUUUACAAGUGGUAAUGUUGGGCAAUGCCACAGUAUCAAUACUGCCCUCAGAGAAUAAUCUACACGUUUUUGCUCACUCACGUUUAUGUAAUGUUCAAUUACUGCAUUCCGCAAUUUCUAUGGUUUUCAGAAUUAAAAUCAGAUGCUAGUGUAACAUGAAACAUAACUAGCGAAUAGCUGAAACGUUCUUCUAUGACUACAUUUUAAAAGCAUUUUGGGAGGUUAUGUUCUGAAUUUAAACCAUUUGUGACUCUCUUGUUUAGAGUCAAAUUGAGCAACACUGAACCAAACACAUCCAGCACCAUCAAAAUAAACUAAUCCAUAAAACCCGU